CUGAGCUGUGCCAGAACUGCCACCUUUAGAUUUUAAACCAGGACAUUUAUACAAAACAAGACAUUUUGUUAAGCUGCAGAGAGCUGCCUGUUUCCAGCGUCCCUGUGUGUGUUUUCUUAAACGUGACCUUCGCCCUUGUGAGUACCCAGUGGAGGACAACUGCCAACAUCCUGCAGCCUCCAUACGAGCAUUUCAGCUUGGAACAACACUGUCUUGGCUAACAAUGAACGACUCUAUAAUGAACCACUCGGACUGUCCUGAGGUGGUAGUUCCCAACCCUGUCUUCUUCACCAUCGGAGCAGUGAGCUUUGCUGAGAACUUCCUUGUUGUGGUAGCCAUCAUAUGGAACAGAAAACUCCACUUGCCAAUGUACUGCUUCAUCUGCAGCCUGGCAGCCUUCCACACCAUCGCCAGCCUCACCAAAACCUGGGAGAACCUCAUGAUUGUGUUUGCCAAUGUGGGGCACCUGGAGAAAAAAGGAUCUUCUGAAACCACGCUGGAUGAUGUAAUCGACUCCCUACUGUGCAUGUCAUUUUUGGGCUCCUUUUUCAGUAUCCUGGCCAUUGCUGUGGACCGUUACAUCACGAUCUUCCAUGCACUCCGAUACCAUAACAUCAUGACGAUGCAGCGCACUGGGGCCGUUCUGGGCGUCAUCUGGACAGUAUGCGGGGGCUUGGCUGUGCUGCUGAUUUGGUUCUUUCACUUCAAGCUCAUCAUGAUCAUCUUCGUCAUGCUGUUCUUCAUCUGUUUGGUGAUUAUCUGCUUCCUAUAUGUCUACAUGUUCAUGUUGGCGCGCAGCCAUGCCAGAAAGAUUGCAGCUUUAGCAGCCGGUGGCAGGAAUAAUCACCAGGAUCAGCAGCGGUGGGGGAGCAACAUGAGAGGGGCCCUGACUGUUACCAUUCUGUUUGGGACACUUGUGGUCUGUUGGGCGCCAUUUUUUUUCCACCUCGUCAUCAUCAUGAUGUGCCCCACGAACCCCUACUGCGAGUGUUACCGGUCGCUGUUCCAGCUGCAUGUGGUUCUGCUGAUGAGCCACGCCCUCUUCGACCCGGCUAUAUAUGCCUUCCGCAUCGCUGAGCUCAGGCACACCUUAAGGAAGAUGCUGUUUUGCUCAGACUGGAAGCUCUGCUCAUAGAGACGUAAUUGCUGCUUUUCAGUCUGUUUAUGUGCUAUAAUGAUGCUUUGAAUGAAUGAAUGGUUUUCAUCCAAAGCCUCCUUUACUGGGAUGCAUGUUCACAGCUGAGUCAACUGUAAAUAGAUCUAUAUUACCACCGAGCAGCUGUUGUCCCCCUGGGGGAUUCUGUAGAAAGGACAGUCUGUAGAGACAUAGCAAUCCUUUUCUUUCACUUUUUCCCAAUGAGAUUUUUACAGAACGAUCCAUCAGUACUAGAGCCAGCAGUCCAUUUAACACCCUUUUGGAUUUGAAUAAGCACUGUGAUGCUGUUCCUGUGUUCAUUUUUUCCAAUAGGUAAUUACUGUCUGUCCAUCUACUCUCUUUUUUGCUUGCUGUCUAACAUCCAUCACGUCCUCCUUUUCUCUCAGAACUUGAAUCCUUCUACCCCCAAAUGUCAGUGCCUUCAGAUCGUGUUUGAAAUAAACCUCCCAUGCCAUCUUCUCCCAACA